AUGUUCAUUAAUCGUUGACUAUUCUCAACUAACCAUAAAGAUAUUGGAACCCUAUAUCUACUAUUUGGAGCCUGAGCAGGAAUAGUAGGAACCGCACUAAGUAUUUUAAUUCGAGCAGAAUUAGGACAACCAGGUGCACUUCUAGGAGAUGACCAGAUUUAUAAUGUUAUUGUAACUGCCCAUGCAUUCGUGAUAAUUUUUUUUAUAGUUAUGCCAAUAAUAAUUGGAGGCUUCGGAAACUGACUUGUUCCACUAAUAAUUGGAGCCCCAGAUAUAGCAUUUCCACGAAUAAAUAAUAUAAGCUUUUGACUACUUCCCCCAUCUUUCCUCCUUCUUCUAGCAUCAUCUAUAGUAGAAGCAGGAGCAGGAACGGGAUGAACAGUUUACCCCCCUCUAGCUGGAAAUUUAGCUCAUGCAGGAGCAUCAGUAGACCUAACAAUUUUCUCCCUCCAUUUAGCUGGUGUUUCAUCUAUUCUAGGUGCAAUCAACUUUAUUACUACAAUUAUUAAUAUAAAACCCCCAGCUAUAACUCAAUAUCAAACCCCGCUAUUUGUUUGAUCAGUACUAAUUACUGCUGUAUUACUUUUACUAUCCCUACCAGUUCUAGCUGCAGGAAUCACUAUACUGCUAACAGACCGUAACCUUAAUACAACUUUCUUUGAUCCUGCCGGAGGGGGAGAUCCAAUCCUUUACCAACAUCUAUUCUGAUUCUUUGGUCACCCAGAAGUCUACAUUCUUAUUCUUCCUGGAUUUGGUAUCAUUUCACAUGUAGUUACCUACUAUUCUGGAAAAAAAGAACCUUUUGGUUACAUAGGAAUAGUAUGAGCAAUGAUGUCAAUUGGUUUCUUAGGUUUUAUUGUAUGAGCCCACCAUAUAUUUACAGUAGGAUUAGAUGUAGACACACGAGCCUACUUUACAUCAGCUACCAUAAUUAUUGCAAUUCCCACAGGUGUAAAAGUAUUUAGCUGACUUGCAACCCUACAUGGAGGUAAUAUCAAAUGAUCUCCAGCCAUACUAUGAGCCUUAGGCUUUAUUUUCUUAUUUACAGUUGGUGGACUAACCGGAAUUGUUCUAUCAAAUUCAUCACUUGACAUUGUGCUUCAUGAUACAUACUAUGUAGUAGCUCAUUUCCACUAUGUCCUAUCCAUAGGAGCAGUUUUUGCUAUUAUAGCAGGAUUCGUUCACUGAUUUCCACUAUUCUCAGGUUAUACCCUAGAUGAUACAUGAGCAAAAGCCCAUUUCGCUAUUAUAUUUGUAGGAGUAAAUAUGACAUUCUUCCCUCAACAUUUUCUAGGCCUCUCAGGGAUACCACGACGUUACUCAGAUUACCCAGAUGCUUAUACCACAUGAAAUACUGUAUCUUCUAUAGGAUCCUUCAUCUCAUUAACAGCUGUACUCGUAAUAAUUUUUAUAAUCUGAGAAGCCUUCGCUUCAAAACGAGAAGUAUCAUCAGUAUCAUAUGCCUCAACAAACUUAGAGUGACUUCAUGGCUGUCCCCCUCCUUACCACACAUUUGAAGAGCCAACUUAUGUUAAGGUAAAAUAA